CGGGACUUUUCGUUUCACCAUGCUGCUACCUUUGCGCACUGGAGUCAACGCGGUGGUCGCUGGGGUGAAUCGACUCGACAAGUCGUUUUCACCCUCGGAUACGGUGACGAAACUCCGUGCACACAAAUUCACCCUGAAAGACUCUAUUUACAUUUUACACAUACUCUCUGCUCUCUUCUGGCUCACUCUCAUGCAAGUCCCUCCAUUCCCCUACAAACUAGCCAUACCCAUCCUAUACGCAGUCGCCCUAUUCAUCCCAUUUACUUCCCAAUUCUUUAUACCCGCGACACCCAUCUUCUCAUGGGUUCUCAUGUUCUACUCAAACCAAUUCCUACCCGCCGACCAUCGCCCCGCAGUACACGUCGUCCUCCUCCCAACUCUCGAAUCCGUCCUCUACGGCGCAAACAUAAGUGACAUCCUCACCCACUUUACACAUCCCAUCCUCGACAUCAUUGCCUGGCUCCCAUAUGGCGUUAUCCACUACACAUUCCCCCUCGUCCUCGCUGCCCUCCUCUGGCUCUUCCGCCCGCCCACCCUCCCCGUAUUCGCCAAAGCCUUUGGCUAUCAAAACUGCAUAGGCGUAUUCGCCCAAAUUGUCCUCCCCUGCGCAGCACCCUGGUACGAAAUUAUCUACGGCCUGACACCCGCAGCAUAUGGCACGCCCGGAUCUGCAGGCGGCCUAGGCCGCAUCGACGACCUCUUUGCUCACACCCUCGUAUUCGGCGCUUUCCCUAGCUUGCACGCUGCAUGGGCCACCCUCGAAGCACUCUUCAUCACCGCCUUGUGGCCCCAGUACGCGAAAUGGGCUUGGGCAUAUGCGGCGGUCCUCUAUUGGAGUACCAUGUACCUGAGCCAUCAUUAUCUGAUUGAUGUCGUAGGGGGUGCGUGUCUUGCCACUGCAUGUUUCUACUUUUUCGUGCCCGAGGAGUUGCGCAAUGGGAAUGUCAAUGCUUCUGGAGACAAGUAUGAGAGAUAUGAUCUCGAAUCGAGGAGGGGUGGAGUGGCCGCGGACGAGUUUGCGAGUGACUGGACGGUCAGUGAUGAGGAAGAGACGCCUAUUGCCUACCGAUCGCCGAAUCCUGGAAUGGGGAGGGGGAGAGGGCAUAGGCAUACAGCUAGUAUCGCAAGUCUCAUCAGGGCUGAUGAAAGAGCUGGAGAAGAGGGUUGGAGUCCCAUCGCCGGUGUUGGGUUCGUGUUCCCGCCUGAAACCAGGAGGUAGUGUGUUAGACGGUUGGUUUGCUUGCGUAUACCUGAGUUCUGGUUGCUAGAUUAAUAUUCUUCUCACAUCGGGGAUUGCAAUAUUUAAGACAGCUUUGAAUGUCGUGCGAAAUGCGAAGAUAAUACUAAACAAGGACUCCCCCUCGGUCGGCUCUACGACAAUAUGAUAUUGUGUUUACAGUAGCCACUCAGGAAAUAUCAUAUCAGCGUCGUCUCUGCAAAUAGUUAGUGUCUCUUCGCGUUC